CGGAAGCCGGAAGCGGCCGGGCCGGGCGUGCCGCGUUCGCGGGAGCGGCGGGGCGGGGGCUGGCGGCGGCGGGAGGGCGAUGACCGAGUACAAGCUGGUGGUGGUGGGAGCCGGCGGUGUCGGCAAGAGCGCGUUGACCAUCCAGCUCAUCCAGAACCACUUCGUGGACGAGUACGACCCCACCAUCGAGGACUCGUACAGAAAGCAGGUUGUCAUCGAUGGGGAGACCUGCUUGUUGGACAUCCUGGACACGGCAGGGCAGGAGGAGUACAGUGCCAUGCGUGAUCAGUACAUGAGAACCGGGGAAGGAUUCCUCUGCGUUUUUGCCAUUAACAACAGUAAAUCGUUUGCUGAUAUUAACCUCUACAGAGAACAGAUCAAGAGAGUGAAAGAUUCAGAUGAUGUGCCAAUGGUGCUAGUUGGGAAUAAGUGUGAUUUGCCCACAAGAACAGUAGACACAAAACAGGCUCAAGAAUUAGCAAAAAGCUAUGGAAUCCCUUUCAUAGAGACAUCUGCUAAAACAAGACAGGGUGUGGAAGAUGCUUUUUACACGCUGGUGAGAGAGAUCCGGCAGUAUCGGAUGAAAAAACUCAACAGCAACGAAGAUGGCAAUCAAGGCUGUAUGGGAUUGUCUUGCGUUGUGAUGUGACAAGAUGCCAAGAAUAUGCGGUUCAGAUGUAGCUGCUGGACGAGUCUCAAUGCUACUGUAUUGCAUCUCAUGCUGAUGCCCUGCAGUAUGUUGGUGCCAGUGACCAGAAUCUUCGUACCAGUUAAUUAGCACAAGGUCUUUUUCUGUGCGCCAUCUGAAGAGGACAUCUGUGGCAUCUACCUCCUUGCUCAGCUAACAGAGCAGUCGCAUCUCUUGAUGUACUGGGAUUUUUUUCUCACUGUGUUAUCUGGGUUUGUUCAAGAAGAAAACCAGUCACAAGUGAACUACAGAGACUAAAUGCUGUGAAAAAGAUGACACUUUACCUCUAGAGUAAAAGCUAGAAGUGAUGUUUGUCCCCUCUCUAUUGGAUUCUGAUUUGCAGUGUUGUCAGAGGAGUGGCACUAAUUGCUUGACAGGUAAUGUCAGAAAUGGUUUUGCACCGUGAAUGCUCCUGUCACGUAUCAUACUGGUAUCCGCUCUCUGUGCACCUCUGCAGCAUAUUUUGAACAUCUCCUUUGUGCUAGGAGUACCACUUAACUGAUCAUUCGUUUUCUGUAAUAAAAAGGAGGUAUCUUUCCUCACUUAAGUGCCUGUUUGCUAAGAAGAUUUGAAGUUGUCUCUUGUUCCCUUGGGUUGAGGAAAACCCCGAUGACUGGAAUUUCUUGGGAGCUAAUUCUCUUAAGCAGGCAAGUCUUGUGUGGGUGAUCUCUUUGCCUGGCAGGAUACUAAAACAGGAAUUAAUUAGCUGGAAGAUCCAGCAGGCACUUGUAAGACUCUUGAACUAGGGAGGGGGACGUACUGCAUCUGUUUUUUACUUUCUUUGUUUCUAGAAAAAUAGGUGGAACUGUUCCUAUUCUAUAUUGGUUUUCUGCAGCAUUCAGAUCUCUUCCUUUUCCAAGUCGGACCAAAUUAGUCAGCUGUUCAUUUUUAACAUUAACUGCCGACAUUUAUGGGCAGCUUCUCGAUAGUUAAUCUAGUAACUGGAGGUUAGUUAGUUUGGUCAGCUGUUAUUCAGCUCUGUGACUUGCAAAUUAUUUUAUUCUGAAAUAUUUUUCUUACUACCAGAUUGUAUACACAGUCUCUUCAAAAUUUCUCUAUAAAGUGUAGGUGGAGAGUCUCCAUGUCAGGGGAGGAGUGUGGGAUUUCGAGUUGACUGUGUUUGGUGCAGUGGUUGUCAUGGCUUAGUCUGUCCAGACAGAGGGGAGAAGGUGAUGAGCUCUAACGGAAACCUGAGCUACCUUCUGAUUGCAGCAUCCUUGCAAAAUGAGGGAGAGAGUUCAGUGCUGACCACACAGAAGGCAUAUGAUGUACUGAUGGGAAUUCUGGGCUUGUUCUACAGGCCUCAAAGUAUGAGAGAAUUGCUACUACAUAAGCUGUGCGAAUACUUCCUAGAACAACAUUGUCACCCCGUUUAAUUGGGACGUAACAAGUGUGGUCACUGUUGCAAAGCCUACUGGUGUUCCUUGUAAUACUGUGUCCUUCCCUAGUUCCUGUGCUGCUGAUGCUGGGUUCCGCUCUGUGUGGUCAGACAGUGUAUCCCACAGCAAAGCUGAAUUCCCAGUUGCUCUCUGAUAGGAGAGUAACGGGCCUUCGGCCAACAGAGGGAGCGUUCCGUCAGUCUGCCAAACCAGCGUGAGCAGAGGAAUUGCAAGAGGCUUGAUUUCAGUUUGUUCAUGUCAGUCAUAGGUCUUAAUUUGGAGUUCUCAAUUUCAAAUGGAAAUUAAAAGUCAGUAAAUACUGAGAGAAGAAAUUGUUUCUGUUAAUAAUGCUUCCUUCACUACUUACAUUCUUAAUUCUCUUCUUGGAAUGAAGAGGAUUGAUCUGCAUCACAUUUUAUCUGUGAUAAUCCUACUAAUAACUUUCUGCAAUUUAUUUUACCCUUGACUGAUGAAACACUGAUAAGAAUUAAAACCAUAAUAUUUUUACAUAAAACAACAUUUUCUAGCAACAUACACAAUGGUGGGCAGCAUUAUGGAUAGCAUUGGCCGUGACUCGAGUCAGGUUUGUUUGAGGAUGAUCUGAUGCCUGCAGAUUAAACGUGGCAGAAUUACUGCCACUGCAAGCUGACAUGUCAUGAGCAAGCAGUGCUUUUCUUUGGUGCAAAAGAGAAAUUAUUUGUGAAAGUACUCUUUGAGCACUAUGGCGGGAGAUGACUGUCUGCUUCUAGAUGUGUGACACAUUAUUGUUCACUUGAUAAAAAUAGAAGUGGAAAAUGAUAGCUUUUGGGAUAUGCAUCUGGUCACAUAGGCUCAGCAUUUUGGAAAGACAGCAACGUGGAAUUUGCAGUGUGUUGGAAUGGUGAGAUCUUGUCAUCUGGGUGCAUGUAUGUUUUUUAAUUAUUUGGGAAACUUAGGAAUUUCUUUCCUGGCAAGCUGUAUCGCAGAGCGUGACUGCCUGCUGCCUGUGGCCAUCGGACACCUUUUGCAGCUGGCAUUUGAUGUUUGGGGGUUGUGUGGUCAAGUAUGGAAAAUUAUUUCUUUUGGAUAGAGGUUCAUCAUAUCAGUUCUCUACAUUGCAUAGCAUGUUCCAGUUGUCAUUAAAAAUGUACUAGCUGUAACCUCAAAAGUUGUGAAUUCUCAGAAUUGUAUGGGAACUGGCAAAUGCAUCUACUUUGUCUUUGGCAUUCCCUUUCUCGUGGGCUAUAUAAAAAUCUCAAAAGGGAAGAAGACCUGGUAAGAGUAGGUGAGUAUGUAUCUCACCUUUGGAACCUUAGAGGGGACUGCAUCGGCUUUCAGGGUGCUCAGAGCUGACCUGCACAGGUGGCACUCCCAUCUGCAUUAUUAUAGUUUCACAUCUAGCAAGUGAUACAGAAUCGGUAUUGUGCCGAUCAUGAGUAUGAAGUAAAGGGUCAUACUUUGUUUCCAGCUGUCUAUGUAAGAGAACCCUGAUCUUGGUGGCAACUGAGAGAGAACUGUGGAAGGACAAAACCCCAAGAACGUUUGGCAGAAUUACCUAGAAGAUAAGCACAUAAGUUUUUGCACAAGACAGAUCCCUAGGAAGGGUGGUUUUGUAGAUUUACUCCAAAUGUUAUUUAGAACUAACAGCACAACACCAUGUUAGUGCCAAGCUAACUUUACUAUCGUGACUGCGAAGAACAGGCAUAAACAACUUAGAUGUAAAAUAUAAAAAAAAGUAAAGCUCUUGUUCAAAAAUUACCAGUGCCAAUAACUGAAAUAUUUAUGUUGUCGCAGACUGCGAACAGCUGUGUAACGAGAUAGUGUAACUCUAUGGCUUGUUACUGUUGAUGUCCCUCCUCCAUGGUCUUGUUCAAACAGCAAUGCUCAAAUUUUGUUCUUAUUGUCAUCAGUAGGACUUUGGAUAGUAACCAUGGUAAUUUUUAGUACAGUUCAAUGACUUAGAACUGCAUUUCAAGCAACUUCAGGCCUAUGGGGGGAAGGAAAGUAGUGGAAGUUUGAACUGCACACUGAUCCUGUAUGUGGUCCUUUACUCCCCAGGCCUUUUUGUGUAACUUCCAGGAUAGUAGGGAACUGUUGGGAUCUGGACUUUUUAUCCAAGGGCUAAUUUUUGUUGUUACUUUGUAUAAUUAUUUGCUUUCAAUAAUGCAUCUCUUUUCAUUUGAAGUAAAUUAUUUUGCUUCUUAAUAAAUUUUUUUAAGGAAUAAA